GAAACAUCCAAAACUUUUUGUUGUGUAGAAAAUAAGUUGGAAAUUUCUAUAACCAAUACAGAAAUAAAUUAAAGAAUGAUGGCUUGUUAGAGAUGUACUAGUUUUUAAGUUAUCUAAUUAAAAAAAAAUUACCUGGUGGAUAAUAAAGCAGACUACACUAAACCAUUUAACAACGACAUUACAAUACCCUGGCAGUCACUACAGCCCACUGUAGCAAUGUGGUGGAGAGCUUUGUAUGUAUUUUUUACCCUUACUUAAAUAUUCAAUUUUCUGUGUAUGCAUCUGUUGGUAUGCAAUGCAUUUGGUUCCUGAAGUAUAUAUUAUUUUCUGCCACUACUGAACAUACAGAAUUGUGCACCAAAACCCCCAAUGUUUGUUUUCUCUGGGCUGCAGGUGGCAUGGAUCUUUGAACCAACCGAUGGAGAGCGGACAAACAUCGCUGUUUUCCAUCCACAGUUUGGGAUACAAUAUCCAACCAAAUCCCCUGUAGCAGGGCGUGCCGGUUUUGUACUGAAGCCGCCCACUCUGGACAACCCAUCCAUUCAAAUCAAAGAUCUGAAGAUGACUGAUGAGGGGCGAUACAUCUGCGAAUAUGCCACCUACCCCUCCGGCAAUGUACAGGGAGCGUCAUCACUGAUCAUGCUGGCUAAACCGAAGAACAUGGCUACUACAUUCACAGUUACUGCAGGCAACACUCCGGUCAUUGUGGCGCGCUGUGAAUCAUCCAAUGGCCGUCCUGCAGCAACCAUUUCUUGGUCCACCACGCUGAACGGAAAUGCGACGACGCCGCAGACGACGAACAAUCCCGACAACACCGUCACCAUCCAGAGCGAGUACAUGCUUGCCCCACAGUCCACUGAUAAUGGCAAAGACAUCACCUGCAUGGUGUCACACCGCACCAUGCCCCAACCAGAGACCUUCCCCAUGAAACUCGUUGUUAAGCGUAAAGGACCACCGCCACCUGAAUGUUUAAGCUCUACUAAAAUUGUCCAAGACCUCCUCGGGGUAGACUCAUCUGUCCUGGCUGGCAUCCCUGAAGGUUUAGAGAGCAAAGCUGAACCAGAGGAACAUCAUAACACUGAACUUUCCCAGCAAUCUCAGGAAAAGCAGUUUCAACACCGAAAGAACGCCAGCAGUACACUGAACAAGGCAGCAGCCAAAAAAACACAAAUAUCCUCUUCUGCCGUUACAAGAGAAGAAGUGCUGGAACUGCAGAUGGAAGUCUUACAGUUACAAAAGACCAAACUGCAGUUAGAGAUCGAAAAACUCAAAAAGGAGAAGGAAAAUCAAGAUCUUUACCACAUUAUUCUUAACAACAAACUUCUACCGCUACAAAGCGAAGGGAAAAUAACAAGCACAUCAAUUGAUGAAUAAAUACAUUUUAUGACAGUUCUUAAAGUGUUGUGUUUUUAUGUAAUUAUGAGAACAAAUAAAAGUUUUGAUGCAAUUGUCUAAAGCACACGGUGCACUGUCUAAAUGGGCGUGUCUGAUUCCACUUUUGCUAAUUUAAAGCGUAACUAAACCCCUGAUCAGAGCCUGACUCCACCUACUGGAAAUAUUUGAAAAAUGCAAGAAAAGUGGGCAGAUCCCUACAGAGAUAGAGGUGACAAACUAAGCUUGUACCGAGUGUGUGGUGAGACCGUAAAAAAGGAUGUGGUGAGCUUGAACCUGCUUACGUCACAAUGUAUUUUUUGGACCCAAAUUCCAAUAGGAAAAUAGAGGGCAGCACUCAGAUGUUUUUACACCAUAUAUUGUAGUAUUGAAACACUUUAUAUCCAAAUGUCAAAAAAGUUACUAAAAUCAAUGAACAGCACUAAUAAUUCCCCAUUCUUACAGAUCAUUAACUAAAAAAAAGUUGGUUUAGGGUUUAGUUCCGCUUUAAUGACGGGAAAAAUGGUUUAUGCACCAAGCUAACGGCCUUUAAGGGUUUGUCCUAUUCUCAUAAUGAGCAAUGUCUGUGUUUUGGGCAUAACGUGCAACAAACCGAGCUGAGACUCUCAUCACUUUCAAAAGCCAGUUGUGAUGGUGCCAUGCCUAAUCCCUAAUUAGAAAGCGGAAUUUGUAAACUGAAAAACUAAGCAAAGGAAGAAGACCACCAGUUUAAGAAUAAUGUUAAAAAUGUGUUGUUUUCAUUUUUAUUAAAUUUUUUUUUUUUAGGAUUAAAACCUUUAAACGCCAUCAUAGACGUAAAAAUAGCACGCUGUAAAUGUAUCCUACAUUAUUAUUGUAAUCUCAUAAAAUAAUUAGCAAAUAUGCAAAAAAAAAAGGUUUGUGCUCUAAAAAUACUUUAUUUGUAACAAACAAGAGAUAAAUAAUUUACAAACGUGAGGAGAGCUGUUUCAGCACUCGGACAGCGCCAUGUUUUUUUAUUUUUAAAAAGCAUUACUUAAAAAUGUUUUUCAUCUCACUAUAUCAACAGGUACAGAGUCAUCAA